AGGACGAUUGGGCAACUGGACUGAGUAAACACAGGAGGUCAAAGAUUGCACCCAGCUGGUCUCCUCCAAGGAUAAAAGGGCUCAGCGCGCAGGGAAGCGGUGCAGAAGCGGGUCUCUCUGUGCUCCCCGCUCCUCGCCACAUCGGGAGGAUGAGGCUUGCCGUGGGUACCCUGCUGGGCUGUGCCAUCCUGGGUCUAUGUCUGGCUGCCCCUGACAAAACUGUAAGAUGGUGCGCAGUGUCAGAGCAUGAGGCCGCUAAAUGUGCCAGUUUCCGGGACCACAUGAAAAACGUCCUUCCAGCAGAUGGUCCCCGGCUCAGUUGUAUGAAGAAAACCUCCUACCCUGAUUGCAUCAAGGCCAUUUCUGGAAAUGAAGCAGAUGCCAUGACAGUGGAUGCCGGUUGGGUAUACGAUGCAGGCCUGACUCCCAACAACCUGAAGCCUGUGGCAGCAGAGUUCUAUGGGUCAACAGAGAAUCCACAAACCUUCUACAUGGCUGUGGCUGUGGUGAAGAAGGGCACUGAGUUCCAGAUGAACCAGCUCCAAGGCAAGAAGUCCUGUCACACAGGCCUGGGCAGGUCUGCAGGAUGGAACAUCCCCAUUGGCUUGCUCUACUGUGACUUGCCAGAGCCACGCAAGCCUCUUGAGAAAGCUGUGGCAAAUUUCUUCUCGGGCAGUUGUGUCCCCUGUGCAGAUCCAGUGGCCUUCCCACAACUGUGUCAACUGUGCCCAGGGUGUGGCUGCUCCUCUCUUCAACCAUACUUUGGCUACACAGGCGCCUUCAAGUGUCUGAAAGACGGUGGUGGGGACGUGGCCUUUGUCAAGCACACAACCAUAUUUGAGGUCCUCCCAGAUAAGGCUGACAGGGAUAAGUUUGAGCUGCUCUGUCCUGACAACACCCGCAAGCCAGUGGAUGAGUUUAAGGACUGCUACCUGGCCAAGAUCCCUUCACACGCUGUUGUGGCACGCAGUGUGGACGGCAAGGAGGACUUGAUCUGGGAGAUUCUCAGAGUGGCCCAGGAACAUUUUGGCAAAGGCAAAUCGAAAGACUUCCAAUUGUUCAGCUCUCCUCUUGGGAAGGACCUGCUGUUUAAGGAUUCUGCCUUUGGACUUUUAAGAGUUCCCCCAAGGAUGGACUACAGGCUGUACCUCGGCCAUAAAUAUGUCACUGCCAUUAGGAAUCAACGGGAAGGUGUAUGCCCAGAAACCUCAACUGACUGUGAACCAGUGAAGUGGUGUGCACUGAGUCACCACGAGAGACUCAAGUGUGAUGAGUGGAGUGUUAACAGCGGAGGCCAAAUUGAGUGUGAGUCAGCAGAGACUACAGAGGACUGCAUUGACAAGAUUGUGAAUGGAGAAGCUGAUGCCAUGAGCUUGGAUGGAGGACAUGUCUACAUAGCAGGCCAUUGUGGUCUGGUGCCUGUCCUGGCAGAGAACUAUGAAAGCUCUGAUUGCGAUAAACCAGCAGAGGAAGGAUAUUAUGCGGUGGCAGUGGUGAAGAAAUCAAAUCCCGACAUCAACUGGAACAACCUGAAAGGAAAGAAGUCCUGCCAUACUGCAGUAGACAGAACUGCUGGCUGGAACAUCCCCAUGGGCCUGCUCUACAGCAAGAUCAACCACUGCAGAUUUGAUGAAUUUUUCAGUCAAGGCUGUGCUCCUGGGUAUGAGAAGAAUUCCAGUCUCUGUGAGCUGUGUAUGGGCCCAGUCAAAUGUGCUCAGAACAACAAAGAGGGAUAUUAUGGCUACACAGGGGCUUUCAGGUGUCUUGUUGAGAAAGGAGACGUGGCCUUUGUGAAACACCAGACUGUCCUACAAAACACUGGUGGAAACAACAAUGAUGCAUGGGCUAACAAUCUGAAGGAGGGAGACUUUCAGCUGCUGUGCCCUGAUGGUACCAGGAAGGCUGUGACUGAGUAUAAGAGCUGCUACCUGGCCCGAGCUCCAAAUCAUGCUGUGGUUUCACGGAAAGAGAAGUCAGCGUGUGUUCGCAAGGUGUUGCUUAACCAGCAGACUCAAUUCGGAACUCAAGCAUCUGACUGCACUAGCCAAUUCUGUUUGUUCCGGUCUACCACCAAGGACCUUCUGUUCAGAGAUGACACCAAAUGUUUGGUUAAACUUCCAGAUGAUAUCACAUAUGAAAAAUACUUAGGAAUGAAUUAUGUCCAGGCUGUUGGAAACACAAGAAAAUGCUCAACCUCACGACUCCUGGAUGCCUGUACAUUCCACAAAGGUGCCCUGGGCCACGUCGCUUUGGCGGCCGGAAUACCACGCGCCACCUCCAUGGCCUCGGUGGACACCUGGCGUUUGGGGGACGGCGGCGGGGGCGCCUUCCAGCCCUACCUGGACUCUUUGCGGCAGGAGCUGCAGCAGAGGGACCCGGCGCUGCUGUCUGUGGCGGUGGCGCUGCUCGCGGUGCUGCUGACACUGGUGUUCUGGAAGUUUGUCUGGAGCAGAAAGAGUAGCCAGAGAGCUGUUCUCCUUGCUGGCCUUUGUGACUCCGGGAAAACUUUGCUGUUUGUCAGGCUGUUAACAGGCCAUUACAGAGACACUCAGACUUCCAUUACAGAUAGCUCUGCUGUGUACAAAGUCAACAAUAACAGGGGCAAUAGCCUGACUUUGAUUGACCUCCCUGGGCACGAGAGCUUAAGGCUUCAGUUCUUGGAUCGCUUUAAGUCUUCAGCCAGGGCUGUGGUGUUCGUCGUAGACAGUGCGGCAUUCCAGCGGGAGGUGAAGGAUGUGGCCGAGUUUCUGUAUCAGGUCCUCAUUGACAGCAUGGGUCUGAAGAACACACCGUCCUUCCUCAUAGCCUGCAAUAAGCAAGAUAUCGCAAUGGCAAAAUCAGCAAAGUUAAUUCAACAGCAGCUUGAAAAAGAACUAAACACCUUGCGAGUUACCCGUUCUGCUGCCCCCAGCACACUGGACAGUUCCAGUACCACCCCUGCUCAGCUGGGAAAGAAAGGCAAAGACUUUGAAUUCUCCCAGUUGCCCCUCAAAGUGGAGUUCCUGGAAUGUAGUGCCAAGGGUGGGCGAGGGGGCACUGGCUCUGCUGACAUCCAGGACUUGGAGAAAUGGCUGGCCAAGAUCGCCUGAGGGGUGGCCCCAACUCAUAAGCUGCAGCUGUGUGUGUGACUGGCAGUUUGGGAAAGGGCUGUGAUGUGGAGCUGAUAAAGAAAGGGUUCUCCCUACUGCUCCCUUC